AUGCGAGCAAUUGCAAAUGCCCCUGACAGAUACACUCCCCAAGGCGAAGCCUGUCCUAAAGACAGACCAUCUAUCCGCAAUGGGUCGACGUUGUCAAAGGACGAAACUGUAUGGCUUGAAGAACGACGAAAAGUCACCGUGGAUGCAAUGAUGCAGCUCCUGGGCCGACUGGACUUUGGCUCUUUUAAUGGAUCUUCAUACAUUGAAAAGAACGCUGCCAAUGCAUCUGGGCUCCCAAAUAUUGGACUUGCUGUAUCUGGCGGUGGUUAUCGGGCGUUGAUGAAUGGUGGGGGCAUCCUACAGGCCUUCGACUCUCGAACUGUUAACUCCAGUCUUCCGGGCCAUCUAGGAGGCGUCUUACAGUCGGCAACUUAUCUGACUGGACUCAGUGGCGGCAGUUGGCUGGUAGGGAGUAUGUAUCUGAACAAUUUUACGGAUGUCACAUCGCUGCGAGACAGUGCAAACGUGUGGCUGUUCCAAGAUUCUAUUUUUGUCGGCCCGACACAGAGUGAGGAUUUUGCCGUCAGAACAUCCCAAUACUUUUCGCAGAUACAGGAUGCAGUGACUGGAAAGGCUAGCGCUGGCUAUAAUUCUUCCAUAACAGAUUACUGGGGUCGGGCACUCGCCUACCAACUUAUCAAUUCCACCGAAGGUGGUGUCGGCUAUACCUGGUCAUCUAUUGCUCUGAGCAAGGAUUUCCAGCACGGAGGUAUGCCUAUGCCUAUUAUUGUAGCGGACGGUAGAGCGCCUGGGCAGAUCCUUAUUCCUGAUAACACGACGGUAUUCGAAUUCAACCCCUGGGAAUUCGGAUCCUUUAAUCCUCCCCUAGAAGCCUUCGUGCCCUUGGAGUUUCUUGCAACAAACUUUUCUGCUGGUGUUCUUCCUACAGACUAUGGGUGUGUUCGAGGCUUUGAUAACGCCGGGUUUGUUAUGGGAACGUCAUCAUCGCUCUUUAACCAAGCAUUCCUGAUGAUCAACAACACCGAGGCACCUCAGGCAUUGAAGGAUUCUGUAAAUCAGAUCCUAAUAUCGAUUGGAGUGGCGAACCAAGAUGUCGCCGUUUACGAACCGAACCCUUUCUAUCUAUACGCAAAUCAGUCCGUGUACUCUAGUUCUGACGUCUUAACUCUCGUGGAUGGUGGCGAGGACCUUCAAAAUUUACCCCUAGAGCCUCUUUUACAGCCACAGCGCAAAGUGGAUGUGAUUCUGGCGCUAGAUUCGUCUGCCGAUACGAGUACCCGGUGGCCGAAUGGCACCGCUAUGGUUGCCACGUAUCAGCGCAGUCGGAGCUCCCUAGGCCACAGCAGCGGUAUCGCCUUCCCAUCUGUUCCGGACCAAAAUACUUUCAUUAACCUGGGCCUGAACAAUCACCCCACAUUCUUCGGUUGUAACAGCUCCAAUUUCAGCGGCUCGGCGCCGCUAGUUGUCUACAUCCCAAAUGCGCCAUACAGCUAUCAGUCGAACGUGUCUACAUUCGACCUGCAAUAUAAUACCACGGAGCGUGACGCUAUAAUUGAGAAUGGAUACGACGUUGCCACGCUGGGUAACGCAACAGUCGACCCCGACUGGCCGACCUGCUUGGGCUGCGCACUCUUGAGUCGGAGUCUGGAUCGCACCGACACCGCCGUUCCAGAGAAAUGCGUGAUGUGUUUCCAGAGAUAUUGCUGGAACGGCACGACAAAUAGCACCAGGGCGGGCAAUUACUAUCCUGCCUACAAAUUGUCGCAAAUGUAA